UUACGAUUUUUACGUUAUAAGUAUUCUUUGUCUAAAAUAUUCUGUAAUAAGCUCUGAUGUGAAUAUCAGACGACCAGUUCACCAUCACUCACCGUUCACGCCAACAAAAGGCAAAACAAUAAAAUUAUUAUUGCAGCAAAAUGCUGACGAGGUGAGUGCGAAAUUGUUGCACAUCUCUAAUAGCGCUGGCUGCGCUGCCUUUCCGAUCUGGACGACCUGCGACUUCAAUUUCGAAAGACUAACCUUUGCUUUCCCGGCUAUUUGUGACGCAUCAUCAAAAAUCUCCAGCUGUCUGCUGUAUUCCAGGAGUUUGGCUUGACGUCGCUCCUCAGCUUCUACAAUAAGAUCGGGAUAAUCCUCAGCAAAUCUCGUGUCUUCUCGCGUCCGCUGAUUAAGUGGUUUCUUGACGAUCCUUCGCGCCUACAAAAACACAAGCCUUGAGAAUUAUCAUACAAAUAUACCCCGACUUGGUGCGAAUUGGGUCUGCGCUUAAACGGAACAACUCAGUUACAACUGCAUGGAAAUCACAGAACCCUGUACCGUGAUUGGCUGACAGCCGCUUGCGAACUGCCGUCGCCUGAAAAGUCGUACUAGUAUAUAAGCCCGUCGACCGAGGUGGCUUCGUGAAGCAGUUGGCGCACCAGUCUGGACUCUGGAGUCAUCCAUAUCCGACUUGCUCCGUAUCCGACAUCCAAAUUCUACAUCACGAAUUUAUUGCGCAGAUGUAUACAUUGCCAUAAUAACAGGAUGUCUCGGCGAGCUGAAAUUUCCGCGGGACCCGCUCGGCGGAUCACCUUACCGGAAAAUUUGAAAAUUCCCAACAGCACUGCGCCGACAUAUCCGGUGGGUGCUGUAGUUAUGGUGGCUGGCGCCGGCGGGGGGUUGCAUGGCCCCGCAGCAAUGUAUCCAGAUCUAGCGAAACGCCUGACCGCUUAUCCCAAUAUUAUUACCGUACAAUGUGAUUACCGCUUUCCCGGAGAUCUGAUGCCUUGUAUCGAAGAUACUAUCGAAACACUAGAUAUUCUUAGACGGGAUUAUAACUGCGAGAGGGCUGUUAUUGUUGGUUGGUCAUUUGGCGGCGCUGUUGUUAUAUCAGCAGCGGCCCGACAUUCGAUGGUUAAUGGUAUUGCCACGGUUGCGUCGCAGACGGCGGGAACGGACAGCAUCGGGAAACUUGGAGGUCAAGGCGUUGCGAGUUUGUUCAUCCAUGGGACCGGCGAUUCCUGCCUGCCAGCCCGCUGUAGUGAACAGUUGUACCGGCUGGCCAGUGAUCCAAAAGAACUGGUCUUAUAUCCAGCUGAUAAUCAUGGAGUCACUAAUAAUAAAGAGCCAGCAAUGGGGAAAAUUGAGAAAUUUGUCGUUAACUUGUUGACUAAACCCGGAAAUGCUAGUACUUGAAUUGCUAAUAUCGGUUUUGACUUGACAUAGUCACGACCCACGCAAUAUGCAGCUUCACAAUGGAUAUCUUUCUCUUAACUCAUUUAUGGUUAGGUAUACAUGGUUAGGUAUUUACAUGCGAACAAUGAGAGGCAGAGAUUAUCUUACUCUCAUUGCCCUUUGUUGUGUUUAUAUAAGUAUUAUUAAGCGAACAUUGUAUUUUCAGGUUU